AUGUUGGCGCAGCUGCCUUCCAACAGCAAAGACAAUGCAUUGCUAAUAGUGACAUCCGCUAACUGUCCUGACUCCCUACACUCUAGUGUGCGAGAGUACGAGGAUGAGGACCAGCGACAGCAGUCUGAUGGAUCCCAGUCUCGACGGAGCGACGGUGCAGCCGAAGCAGCCGAACGCGCUCUCAGCAGCAGCCUCAAGAACAAGCGGCCACACGAAAGCUACGAAAAGAAAUCAUUGAACGCCUCUCGCCGCCUUCCAACACGCCCAGCAAUCAACCGACACAUCACAGGCAGCUCAGGCGACGGUGUCGGCACCCCAGUCUACCACCACACCCCAAUCUCCUCGCCCAUUUACAGCCAUACUCGUACCAUCUCCUCCCCCGCCAUCGACACUACUGCCACCGGCGCUGCUACGGUCGCGGUCACCGACGGCAUCACCCCGAGAGUCCCUGCCAGCCGCAUCCCAUCCCUCCUCUCAGCGCGCGACUCCGGCGCCGAAACUUCCCGAACCUUCCCGAACGCGCCGACGCCACGCGUUCCCGCCACUGUCGUCGCUGUCGACAGUACCGCUUCCGCCGGCCCCACUCCCCGCAAUGACGCUAUGGAGUCCUCCCACCAAUCAUCGAUCGUUACAUGCCACGGAGUCUUCCGGCCUGCACAAGAGCCUUCUAACUCAUCUGCCGAUCGGCACCGCCUCUCCCAUCUCCAAAUAGACCAGCCCGCGCAGCUCUCAACGCGAACCCUCAACACCGCACGAAGCCGGGGCUUGCCCUCACCUCCAUCUAGCUUGCCCUCGCCCGCGACAUCCCUGCGCUCUCCAAGCUCUGGCGGCGCUGCUGUCGCCGGCCGUGGAGGCGGCGGCAUCCACGUGGCCGAAGAGGCAGCUCCCAACUCGUGCCGUACGGCCAGGUCUCAGGGUACCGCCUCCGCUGCGGACCGCCCGGCAGUGGCGUCGCCGCUGCACCAGUCGACGCAUUCCCAACCCCGCGUACAGAAUCCCAAGACACCACCCGCGAAGACGAGCUCCUGUACGAAUGUAGGAGCGGUGACAUCACCACAGGGGCUCGCCGCGGCGGCGCAAGGCUCUGCCGCCAAGGCUGCCGCCGCCGCGGCCUCUGCAGCAGCGGCGGCGGCGGCCGCCACUGCCGCCGGCAGCCAUCAGCCCGCUUGGAAUUCUAGUACGAGCAAGGGGCCGACGCCAGGCAGCGGCUGUAACUCUAACAAGGCGGUCCUUGUACCUAUCCCGCCUGUACGACCACCACGAAAGCCGGCGGAAGCUGGCUGCAGCGGAGGCAGGAGCAAUCCUGCGGUCGCCGCCGCCAUAUCAACGGUGCCGACGACGGGAGGACGCGUACAACCGGCUUGGGCCGCCGACAGGUGUUUGGCCGCGGCCGCUGCCGCUAGCACAAUUGCUGCUGCCGACGGCGAGGCUCAUCUCCCAGCCACGGACACUGCCAAGCACUUCGAUAAGGGACAUAAUGACACCGCUCCGCCGCUGGCACCCCGUUGUCAUGACGCUUCAGCAACAGCUGAUGGGGCUGCAGGGAAGGUGGAGAAUAUGGGUAAGGGGCGGGCUCGGGAGGUUGAAGCGCCGUCAUCGUGCGGUUGCAUUCUGAUGUAG